GCGAAACUCACUAUCGAAGAAUUCUAUCAGGUCGCACCAAACAAGCUUCAUCACUCGGAUCAGCAUCGUCAUCCUGAACGCAUUGCAGCUGCUGUCAGCAAUAAAAUCACUCCAACUCUCGAAAAUACAGCUGGUGUAGAUGUUUCAUUGGCUAGUGCAAGUCCCAUGCAAAGCACAGGUUACAAGUCCGGCGUGAAAAGGGCGAAAUGGCAUCUUGGAAUCAGAUCGCAAAGUCGACCUGAAGAUAUCAUGUAUGAAGUGUUUCGGGCGAUGAAAAGCUUGGAUAUGGAAUGGAAAGUGCUCAAUCCGUACCAUGUUAUCGCGCGAAAAAAGCCUGACAAUCCAAUCGCUGAUCCUCCAAAAAUGUCUUUACAACUGUACCAAGUAGACCAGCGUAGUUACCUUUUGGACUUCAAAAGCCUAGUCGAUGAUGAAACUGGAAGUGCCUGUUCAUCUCGUCAUGCAUCGGUAUCUAUGCCUUCGAAACCACCUGGCAUGCGCGGAGUACGUACUCAAAGCAUGACAAUGGAAGUGGAUAACUCACCUCCUCCGUCGCCGUCAGGUGCGAAAUUGUCACAGACGAUGCAGUUUUUCGAGAUGUGUGCCUCGCUAAUCGGGACUUUGGCACGAUGA